AUGACUGUGUUAUGUGGAAGCGAUUUUAGCUUCAGGAUUGGUUCCUUGGAGAAGAGCAUUCUGCAGUCUGCACUUUUACUGGAGGAAGAUCUGAAGGCUUUGGGAGACAUGCAUGGAAAUGAAAAAUAUGACAUUUCAGGAAAUGACAGUGAUAGAAAUCUUGAUGUUAUAUCUUAG